AUGCCCCCAGGCCCCGAGGUCCCGGUGCAGGUGUGGGUGGACGGCCAACUCUUCCAGGCCGAGCAGUCGCUGCUGGUGGAGCACUGUGGCUUCUUCCGCGGGCUUUUCCGCUCUGGCAUGCGGGAGGCGCGCGCCGCUGAAGUGCGCCUGGGCGCGCUGAGCGCGGCGGGCUUCGGCACUGCGCUGCGGGUGCUGCGCGGGGAGCGGCCGGCCCUGGCGGCGGAGGACGAGCUGCUGCAGGCGGUGGAGUGCGCUGCGUUCCUGCAGGCGCCCGUGCUCGCGCGUUUCCUGGAGCACAGCGUUACAUCGGACAACUGCUCGCUGCUGUGCGACGCGGCCGCCGCCUUCGGCCUGCGCGACGUGCUCCACAGCGCUGCUCUCUUCAUCCGCGACGGAUCGCACGAGCUGGUGGCACAGCUGGAGCUGCCCGAGGCCCGAGCCUACGUGGCGGCGUUGCGACCCAGCACCUACGUGGCGGUGAGCACGCACACGCCCGCACCCGGCUUCCUAGAGGAUGCGUCGCGCACCAUGUGCUUCCUGGACGAGGAGGAGGACGCGUGGCGCACGCUGGCCGCGCUGCCCCUGGAGGCCAGCACGCUGCUGGCGGGUGUGGCCACCCUGGGCAACAAGCUCUACAUCGUGGGUGGCGUGUGUGGUGCCAGCAAGGAAGUAGUGGAGCUGGGCUUCUGUUACGACCCGGAGGGUGGCACCUGGUGCGAGUUCCCCAGCCCGCACCAACCCCGCUAUGAUAUGGCGCUGGCUGGCUUCGAAGGGCGCCUCUAUGCCAUUGGUGGCGAAUUCCAGAGGACACCCAUGAGCUCCGUGGAAUGCUAUGACCCGGCCACGGGUUGCUGGAGCUUCGUGGCGGACUUGCCACAGCCGGCUACAGGGGUUCCCUGCGCCCAGGCGCGUGGCCGCCUCUUUGUGUGCCUGUGGAGGCCUGCAGACAUCACUGCCGUUGUGGAGUACGUGGUGCAGAUGGACAAGUGGCUGCCGGUGGCUGAACUGUGUCGUUCUCAGAGCUACGGUCACUUUAUGGUGGCCCAUCGCGACAGUCUCUACGUAGUUCGAAAUGGACCUUCCGAUGAUUUCCUGCACUGUGCCAUCGAUUGCCUCAACUUGGUCACAGGCCAGUGGACAUCCCUACCUGGCCAGUUUGUCAACAGCAAGGGAGCACUCUUCACGUCUGUAGUGCGUGGGGACACCGUUUAUACUGUCAACCGUGUAUCCACGUUGGUCUAUGCUAUUGAAGAUGGUACCUGGCGGCUGCUCAGGGAAAAGGCUGGCUUUCCUCGACCUGGCUCUUUACAGACCUUUCUUCUGCGGCUGCCUCCUGGCACUACUGGGCCUGUGGCCACCGCGCUGCCAGAGUUGUGAGCUUGGAAUGACUUCAGCGUCUCCAUGAGCCUUGGCUGUGUCCUUGUGAGCCUUGGCUGUGUGCGCGUGGAUUGGGGAGCUCUUGGGAACUUCUUUUUCCCUAUUAAGACACUCAGGCUUGCUUUCCGGUGGUGCGGAUGUCCACGAAGCCCUGAGCAACGCAAGUGCCAGCGUCCUCAAAUCUCUUGGGCUCUGUUGAUAGCUGGUGGGUCACCAUCUCAGGGAAAAGGGCGGGGUUACAAUUUGGACAAUCCAGACUUGUAGGCGAAUACAAGCUAUAGCUAGAAGCGGGUUAAGUGAUGUUAAACCAAACUGCUAAUUAAGAGGCACAAUGUUGGGUUGUAGUUGUCAGCUGCCGGCACAGAAAGCUUGGAGACAAUACCAGCUUUCUUCAUACAAAGGUCAGGAUGAUAAAAACAGGUCUACACAUAAUUUGCCUCCACCCACAAACUGACAGCAACA